GUCACAGUGGGCUGGCCUGGGAGGGGCAGUGUUUUCCCCACCCCCCAGGAAGGGUUUUAAGGUGUCAGAGUAUACAGGGGAUAAACGUGACACAGACCUGUUCAUGGAUGCCCGAAGCCAAGCACCUUUGCCAACCUCUCUCUAUUAAGCCGGAUCUGUGUGCACACAGGUCAGAGAUGAAUACAUGACGAGUCCAGACGCACCUGCCCAGACUGUGCCUUGUGGGACAAGACGUGGCGUGGGCCCCCGAGCCCUGCGUUAGCCCUGGGACGCCUUUAAUAUUACACAGUCAGGACAAUGACUCAUGUGAGCGAUGGCGGGACCUCAGGGAGCAUUUUUGACCUGGACUACACGUCCUGGAAGGUUCGCUCGACGCUGGUGGUCGCCGGCUUCGUCUUCUACGUGGGUGUCUUCGCCGUCUGCCACCAGCUGUCCUCGUCCCUGAACGCCACCUACCGCUCUCUGGUGGCCAGAGAGAAGGUCUUCUGGAACCUGGCGGCCACCCGCGCUGUCUUCGGCGUUCAGAGCACAGCCGCGGGCCUGUGGGCCUUGCUGGUGGACCCCGUGCUGCAGGCUGACAAGGUGUGCGGCCAGCAGAACUGGUGCUGGUUUCACGUGGCCACGGCAACAGGAUUCUUUCUCUUUGAAAAUGUAGCAGUUCACGUGUCCAACGUGCUUUUCCGGACAUUUGACGUGUUUCUGGUCGUGCACCACCUCUUUGCUUUUCUGGGCUUCCUCGGCUCCGUGGUCAACCUCAGGGCGGGCCACUACCUGGCUAUGAUCACGCUGCUCCUGGAGAUGAGCACUCCCUUCACCUGCGUCUCCUGGAUGCUCCUGAAGGCCGGCUGGUCCGACUCCCUGUUCUGGAGGCUCAACCAGUGGCUGAUGAUCCACAUGUUCCACUGCCGCAUGGUGCUCACCUACCACAUGUGGUGGGUGUGCUUCUGGCACUGGGACGGGCUGCUCCGUACCCUGUACCUGCCGCACCUGGCACUCUUCCUCGUGGGGCUGGGCCUGCUCACGCUCGUCAUCAACCCCUACUGGACCCACAAGAAGACGCAGCAGCUCCUGACCCCAGUGGACUGGAACUUCGCCCAGCCAGAGGCCUUGGGGGCCAACGGCCCAGUGCCACCGAAGAAGGGACAGUAGCGGCCCAGGGCCCUGGGCAGGGCAGUAGUGGCCCAGGGCUUGGGGCCCUGUGACUGCUGUCCCCGUCCGUGAGGUCCUCAGGCUGCCUCACGCCCCAUGCACGGCACUCUUCCCGAGUGUGGCUGCCGUGCUGGUGACUGGGACUGUGCUGACUUCUGAGUGGCCACAGAACAUGUGCAAUGCCUAGGUGUGCCUCUGCGGGCACGUUUGUGCCACGGUGACUUUGUGGCCUGCCGUGGUUUACUCCUGUGCGCCUAACCAUGUGCGGCCCUGUUGACCAUCAGGGAGGGUGGCAGUGGUGGUGGCCGGGCCACCUGUCCAGGAGGUGGGGGCUCUUCUGGUGUAGGGCGAGACUUGGCAUCUGCACUGCCCCCCACCCUCACCCCCCGGUGCUGUGGACGUCAGCAUCCAGUCUCUCCUGUCACGUGGUCAGUUUGUGUGUCCUGUCCAGUGGUGGUGACCUUCUUAACUGCAAGGCAUUGUCCUCAGACAGAAGGUGUCCUGUUUGGGCUCUUGUUAGAAUCUCCUUGAAUGAAGAGGCCGGCCUGGCCGCAGCAGCGCCAUCUGGUGGCAAAGCCGCAGACAGACCUCGUGCCCGGGUGACACUCUGCCCCAGGAACUGAGCCGGCGGCCUUGUGGUCUCGUGCUUGAGUAGAGGCUGUGGGGUCUUGCAGUCAGGGGGUUGCCAGUAAAACCAGAAGUGUGUAUUCACGCUCUCUUGCUCACUUGGCAAAAUAAGGUACAUGUUUGGUAAUCAGAUCUGUCUGCCUUUUAGAGCCGUGCAAAUGGACCGAGUUGCCAGUGGGCUUCCCAACCAGACCCUCGAUCUCUGCUGGUGUUUGUGGGGUUCCAGGGCUGGGCAGUGGCUGCUCUGCCCCACAAGCUGGGCAGGGGGAAGGAGGGAGGUGAGGGCAGGCACCUUGCCUCCACCCGCCUGGCCCUUGGGGAGGCACACACCAGCACUGUGCGGGGAGGUCCCAGUCCCCCACCCACUGCCCCCCCGCAGCUCCCCAGCGCUCGCUUAGGACAGUGGAGACCUGUGUCCGCAGAGAAAUGGCCUCUCUCAUGGAUGUGAGGGUCACCCCCGGCCCCGACUUCCUUCAGUCCGGGAGAACAGCAGGUCUCGUAUAACAGCAGAGUGCUCAAAGGGGGUCAUUCCAGCUCGUUCGAGGAUUCAGGGGCCCACCCUACUGUGGGCAGCGGGGGACACACACACAGACACUCGAUUCGGCCUGGAGUGUGCAAUAACAUUAGGUUUAUUGUUUUCUUUGAAACCUCUUGACGUCUUUGUAAAACACAUGUGUGCGUUGGUCAUGGAAACGUCCGACUCGAGUUCGAGUGUUGUGGCGCUCAGGGUGCGUGUUGUCCUUACUGCUGCUUUGUGCUUAGGUCAAGACCCGUGAUGCCCGUUUAUCUCCUUGUAAGGAGUGAGUGACGGCUCAAAGGCACCCAGCAAACCGCGUCCCUGUGAAGACGACUAACUCGCGACCUUGUGGAGCAGACGCGGGUGUCUUCCGACGCACAGAGGUUUAAUAAAGUAACUUAUGUUUACGGACCCAAA